CAAAACUAAUUUAUUGUGGAGGUUAGAUUUUUGUAAUAAAAUAAAAAUAAACAAAAUAAAUUGUAGUGCAAAGAAAAGGCAAAAGAGAAAAUUCUGCAUCUGUGUUUAUAAAAUUAACUGUAAAGAACCAUAUAGCUGUUACAUCUUUAACAAGAAUAAAAAGCAAUUAAAAUGAGUUUGCCGGCGUACGAUCCAGGUCCGGAGCAUUUCCAGCAGUUCCCGUCCAACAGGAUCAUCGUUAUCCAUCCUGGUUCCUUUUAUGUGCGCAUAGGAAGAGCUUCAGACCUCUUACCGGUGAAACAAUUGCACUGCAUAGCUCGAAAACGUGGCCCAGGCGGUAAAAUAUACAGGGAUCCUUUCGUUCCGCCCAGCGUACCGAAAACUAAAGAUUUGAUCGAGGAAUUGGAAGAAUGCAGGCUUCAGAUAUCUCAUACGCUACAGACGUGUGUUCAGUCCAACGGCGCGCGUAGAUAUGCGACUCCACCACAGCAAAUAGCCGCAUUUAACCGGAGAUCUUUACCUGAAAUUGUUAAUGAUGGCGAACCAUGGCCCCAAGUGCAAUGUGACAUCAUUAUAGGGGACCUAGUCCUAGAUAUUGACCCGGAAUUACCUUACAACAUACAUUUUCCUUACAAACGGGGGGAUUUCAAUCUACAUUCUGAAGUUGGGGGCUCAAUAUCGUCAGUACUAAAUGAUUUAUAUACUAUAUGGAGUUCUAUUAUUGAGUAUAAGUUAGGAAUACCCUUAAUAGAGUUAAUUAAGUAUAGAUGUGUGUUAUUAAUCCCUGAUAUUUAUUCAAGAACUCAUCUGAAAUAUUUAAUGUCUCUAUUAUUAAAGGAUCUAGGAUUCGGCCAUUGCUUUCUAGUACAAGAAAGUGUCGGAGCAACUUUUGGAGCAGGGAUUGGAUCAGCGUGUGUUGUAGACAUCGGGGAUCAAAAAACUGCUAUUUCAUGUGUCGAAGACGGAAUAUCUCAUAAAACCACGAGGUUGCGGAUGGACUACGGUGCAGGUGAUGUCUGUCAGGCUCUGUCCUGGAUGCUUCAUAAAAGCGCGUUUCCGUACAAAACCUGGAAUGAGAAUAUACCAAGAGAUGUAAUGUUAAUGCGUAAUUUGUAUGAAAAUUUUUGUCACAUCAACCUAGAUGUCUGCGGACCACACGAAAAGACAUUCCUUGUUGAUCACCCAGGCGAUAUAGUUAACAAAUAUACGUUACAAGUUGGUGAUGAAUGCGUUAUAUCCCCAUUAUCACUAUUCCACACGGACUUACUAAAGAUAACCGGUGCAAAAAUGACAAAGAUACAGAACCGGCAGCCCAGUGACCCGGAAGAUCCAUUUGAUGCUGAAUUCUUGAGAGAAACUGGACGAAAGCGGGAGACGGCUGAUCCAGCUGUGAAUGAAAGUCAGCAGCUUGAAGCCGCAAACGAAUCUCAACCUACAGCUAACCAAGACGAAGACAUUGUUGUUGAUGCAUUAGAAGGAGUUCCCGGAGAUAUUGUUUCAUUAGCUCCCGGUCAAGUCUUGGCUUUAGACGCCGCAAUACUGCAAAGCAUUGACCGAUGUACAAGCGAAGAGUUGAAACGAAAGAUGUACAGCAAUAUUCUUAUUGUUGGUGGAGGAGUUAAAGUGCACGGUUUAUAUUUGUGGUUGCAGAAUCGGUUGGCACUUCAAAUUCCGUACGCUUAUAAGACUGAACAGUUGGAGAUUGUCACGUCUCCGAAGGAUAUUGAUCCGGCCAGUACAGUGUGGAAAGGGGCUGCUGUCAUGUCCUGCUUGGAGUCGGCUGUUGAGCUGUGGAUAAACCAGCGAGAAUGGAAUAAGUUUGGAUUGAGGAUUUUAAGAGAAAGAGCUCCUUUUAUUUGGUGAUAGUAAAUACCAUGAUCGUGGUCGAAUCAGUAAGGUGCCCGGUUAAAAUGCGUGAUGUGCACAAAAAGGCACAGGUUCAAACCCCACUAAGACCAUGUACCAAUGACUAUUUUAGAAAUUAAGUACAUAAGUUUGAAAAUUAAUUAGUGGUCUUAAAGUGAGGAAAAACAUCGUGAGGAAACCUGCACAUUCGACUUCCAUGGGAACGAGAUGGAGUGGUCCUAUUCUUUUUUAUUUUAUUUGUGCCGGGAACCACACGGCUUUCAAGUAGUUUACUAGUAGUAGGGUAAGUAAGUUGUUUAACAUUCCCUUAGCUUAAAACCAACUUCAUGAUGAAAAGCUAUUGGGAACGUGCAUUGUCAAACACGUACGUACGUUGUCAAAGACAUUUCUAUGUGUAAAUAUUAAUAAAUACUAAGUCAUUAUAAAUUUAAUAUUCCCUGUUUUAUUUAUGAUCCCUCUGACAUGCGAAAGUUACUCUGUCAAUUAUUUAAAACUCAAUAAUGUACAAUAAAUAUUUUAUUAUGAUGAAUUUUGAAAAUAUAUAUAAAAUUUUUAUCGAGAUAAAUGUUUGUAUAGACAACACGAGGAUCAAUUCGCGAGAAAGAACUAUAUUUUUUGUGAUGUCAGCUGUGCGGCUCUUGUGGAUGCCAAAGGAGACUUAAACAUAGACAUAAAAAAUACAGACAAGAUAAACCUCUCAUUUCUACAAUGAGGUGGUCCUAAAAUAAAAGAAGCUGAUGUUAAGAAAAUAAAUUUUAU